CGGUGUUGCUGUUCAAAUGGGAGCGACUAGACAUUAUUCUAGAAGUUAAGCGACCUCUUCCUGCGACAAGAACCAAAGCAUUGUCACGUUUUGAGCUAAGAAAGGAAUCAUUGAAGCGAUCUUGUUCACAAUUCCAGCGACCACUUACGAAAGCUGAGAAAAGACUUUUGUACGACACAAUGGUGGUGGACGACGAACACCGACUCAUUUGGUGUCCUGUCAGAAAAUCCGGGACGACAUCCUGGCGUAGCAUGAUGCUCAUUUUGGCGGGAAGAUUUUCGGACGUAAACGCGGCGGUAGACCACGCCUUGCACCACGACUUCCAGUAUCUAACGCGCUUGAGUAAAAAGUAUCACAGCAAUGCGGAUAUCGAGUGGAGGUUGAAGAACUACACGAAAUUCAUGUCGUACAGAGAGCCUCUACAACGUGUCGUUUCCGACUACAGACAGAUUAGAUUGCAUAAAACUCCAGGUCAAACAAAAGUUUGCGAAUGGGUUGUAGAGUACAACAAGCGUCUCAAUGGAGGCAAGAGUAAACCGGAUGCUUGGAAAAACAUCAGCUUUCCUCAUUUUGUCAAUUAUAUCACUCGUUUCUAUGACAACAAAGAAAAGUAUCUAGAUCUUAACAUUCAUUGGAGACCAAUCAACUUGAUUUGCCAUCCUUGUCACAUUGAUUAUGAAUUCCUCGUUGACAUGGAUAGUACUGGUCUUGCUGAGGAAUCAGAUUAUCUCCUCAGAUCUGUUGGAGCUCCCUCUUGGCUGCAUCUGCCGCACGACAAUCGAUCGGGUAACGAAACAAAGUACAGCUUUUUCUCUCAGCUUUCGACCGCUCAGUUUCAACGUCUUCGUGAUCAAUACGACGACGACUACGAGAUAUUUGGAUAUCAACGUGUCAAUCAACAUGAAGAAAGUCUGUGA